AUGGAAUGGGACGGAGCAGAAUCUUGUCUUUCGUCAACAAGCGAAAGCGAAGGAAACACUGCUGCUGAUGCUGACGAUGAACAAAGCGACUGGGUCGGGUACGCCCCCUCCGUGACCGAGGGUGACUUUGAUCCACUAGACGAGCGCCGAGGUCGUCGACUGCAGCAAAAGUUACAAAUGUCUCAGUUGCAACGACGUCUGGAAAGAUUUGCGCUUGAGGGUGGUCGAGGAGAAAUGGGCAUCGAGUUUCGCAUUAAGGAUCGACCAAAUUCAAUUCAGAUUGGUGAUUACGAUGAGAACACCCGCAAAGGGAGUGUAAUAGUCGCCGGUGAGGAUGCACAGCUUGUGUGGGCCUCGUUAACGAUAAGUGGUCAAUAUAAUGGUCAGUAUCGCAACAGAAAAAUCGCUGCUCAUUUCUCUUCGUUGACCGAAUACGAAUCCGGAGAAGAUUUCAUUCUGACGCCUGUGUUCUAA